ACAACGAAGAAGAAGACGAAGAAGAAGAAUGACGUCGUCGUCAUUGUCAUCGGUGAUUAAUAAAGCCGGAAAUGUGAUUGUAGUUUUAAUAAGCCUACAGCUAAUAUGGCUACAAGUGGCCAGCUGUCGGGAGUUGCCACUUGGCAGUGAUUACGGACUGAGCAUGUCCGGAUCUGUGGAGGAUGUGGAGGAGGAUGUCAUAAAUACCCAAGUCACCGAUGAAAAUACGCCGCACAGAAGCAACAGCAACGAGGAGGUGAAAACAGCAGCAGGCGCAUCGGUGAAUUCACCAGCUGUUGUUGUUGCAGGCGGCGGCACUUUGCUGGAGGAGUUCAACGCCAAUGGCAAACUGAGUCCGGCGGAGGCGGGCAACAUGCUGCCCAUAUUCCUCAGUGAGCCGGAGAGCGUCUUCGUGGUCAAGAACCGUCCGGCGGUACUCAAGUGUAAAGCGUCCCACGCCUUGCAGCUGCACUUCAAAUGCAGCGGCAGCUCACAGCCCCCUCCCUCCAGCCACGACAAGCACGUGGAUCCGCACACCGGUGUGCACAUGGAGGAGGUCACCGCCACCAUCCACCGCGACCUCGUCGACGAGUACUUCGGCAAGGGACCCUUCAAGUGCGAGUGCCAGGCGUGGUCCUCGCGUGGCGUGGUCAGGAGUCAAUCUGCCACAGUGCACAUUGCAUACAUUCGCAAGUCCUUCGGUCAGUCGCCCACGUCGCUGCGCCUUGAGCUGGGCAGUCGGGCGGAACUUCACUGCGAACCUCCUGGUGGCUUUCCGGAGCCGAAGCUGAGCUGGCACAAGAACAAUGCAGUCAUAACGGUGGACAGUGAACCGGGCAUCAGUGUGGCCGGUAGUAGUCUCACCUUCCGCCAGGUGGCGCUCCAACAUAUGGCCAACUAUAGCUGCAGUGCUGAGAAUAUUGCCGGCAAACGUGUCUCCGAUUCGGCCGUGCUCAUUGUCUAUGUUAACGGUGGCUGGAGCACCUGGAGUCCUUGGCGCGAGUGCAAGUGCAGUGGGAAGCCGAGUCAGGGCCGCAAGCGAACGCGCACCUGCAACAAUCCGAUGCCCUUGAAUGGCGGCGCCCAAUGUGCGGGUCCCCAGAUACAAAAGUCCGCCGACUGUGCCGCAUGUCCAGAGGACACUCAAAUUGUGAGCGCUGAUGGAUUUGACAUUUCGUCGAGUAAGCGCAUUGCACGCUGGUCGUCGUGGAGCGAGUGGAGCAUCUGCUCCGCGGAAUGCAUACAAGUGCGUCGCAGAAAAUGCCUGACACACGCUCCUUCUGCUGCUGCUGCUGCUCCUGUUGCUCCUGCUCCUGCUUCUGCCUCAAUGGAUGUGGCAGCUGAAGCCGGCGAGCUGCUGCCUGGAGGAGGAGGAGGAGGCGGAGUGGCUGCUCUAAGUGGAGGUGGCAGCAGCGACAACAACGGAGAUGCUGAUGGCACAGGAUAUGGGAAAUCAUUGUGCGCCGGAAAGGACAUACAAACGGCCGAAUGCCGUGGAGAGCAGUGUCAGAUUGGCAAGGAUGACUUCGAUUGGACGCUUUACUUGGGAUUGGCUUUCAUCACGGCUGUUUGCUUUGCCUUUGGAGCUGCUCUCAUCUGCUGUGCCCGCCGUGGAAUUCGCUCCAAUCCCCACUACAACAUGGCACGCUCAGUUAUGGAUGCGGAUUACAUGCCCGGCGUUGUCGAUAAGAAGGAGAUGCGAAUGCACAUCGAGGCAGCCAAUUUGGGAUACGAUUAUGUCAAUCCCGGACAUCGUUAUUUGCCCGGCGAGCACAUUGUGGGAAUGGGAAUCGCACCUGGAAUGGGAAUGGGAAUGGGAAUCGCACCUGGAGGCGGUUGUGGAGGCGUCACUGAACAUCAUUAUGAUGUUCCCAAUCUGGCAGCCAACUACACGAAUCCCAUUGACGAUCUGAGCGGUGAUUAUCUGUCAGAUACAGGCGACUCCUCCACAGCAGAUACCUCCAACUCGACUUUUGACAUGAAUGCCAAGCUGUCAAUACUGAACACAUCGAAGAGCAGCAAUUACGAUUUAAUGGGUCACAAUGGAGGACAGUUGCGACUCUAUGGCACUGAAUUGUUGCUGUUUGUGCCGGAACUGGCGAUUGGCAAGCAUAUGAAGAAACACGUCUCUCUAAUGCUGCUGAGUGACGAGUGCAGUCGGAUUGCCUGUGCCACCGAGUGCUCGCUUUUGUGCAGCACUGUGGUACACUGUGCACCACGCAACUAUAGCUUUAUGAAGCCGGUGAUAUUGAAAAUACCCCACUGUCUGCUGUCGCCCGAACAGUGGCAUGUGCACAUCUAUCAUGCGGAUCAGGAACACGACGAUCUCAAUGUCAGCUGGCGACGAGCCGUGUCCGUCGGAGAGGAGACGAUAAAUACGCCGAUGUUUGUGCAACUGGAGGCGACACAUGUCUACAUUAUGACGGAGCAACUGGGACACUUUGCGGUGGUGGCGGAACCGCGAAUACAACAGCCUUCCAUCAAGAUGAAACUGCUGGCAUUCAGUCAGCACACUCCUCCCAGCAGCUCCAACUAUAUACUCCGCAUCUAUGUCGUCAGGGACUUCCCCAACAGUCGUGAUAUCUGUGCGAAUGUGGAGAGCAAAUUGGGCGGCACUUUGCUAGGAGAGAGUCAGGUCUUUGCCUUUGUCCUGAACAACCUGAAUCUCUCGAUUCGAGUGCGCUGCACGGAUCUGGAUGCAGCUCCCUAUGAGCAUGCGAUUCCCUAUCAGCACAUUUUGAGUAACAAUUCCAUUUUACACUGCGAAUUCUCGGUGCGACAACGGGAUCAAUAUGCACUCUGUGUGGACUUUGGCCAAGGCAAUGAAUUCGAGUUGCAUACGUUUAAUAUUCCGGCUCAAUCGGCCUACGGAUCGGCUGAGGAAUUGGCCUCGACCACGAAUACAACCAUUUCCAUUGAUCGUCAGGGCAAUUAUGUGAAUGAGAGUUGUGUCCUGGACUUUGUGCAGCUGCCACAUGCCACAAAGCGUCUGAUUUGUGCAGCCCUCGAUCCGCCCAGGGCUGAUGAACGCGAUUGGCGAUUGUUGGCCAAGAAACUGAGCACUGAUCGGUACAUUGCAUACUUUGCCACAAAACCCUCACCCACCGAACAGAUCCUCAAUCUGUGGGAGUGUCGAGCCAACAACAAUCACAGCAAUCACAGCAGCAAUCACAGCAAUCACAACAGCAACGGUAACAGUUCCACAUCCAUUUCACACGCCAAUACGAUCAUGUCCCUGCUAUUGAUACUCAAGGAGAUGGGACGUCAGGAUGUCCUGGACAUAAUUGUCGAAACGAUUGGUCCACUCUGGCUCUAAUCUCAGCAAAUUGUUGACAAACCAACAAACAAAAUGUUCAAGAGUUGCCUUUUAUUUGAAAAACAAAACUAAAAUGUAUUUAAAGUGCGAAAUGAAUCGAAACACAGAAUUAAAAUAAACGAUAACAAUUGUAAUCAAAGUUUAGACUUAGACAUUUAGUCAUAGAUUGUACUAGUUAUAUAGAUACUAAGUUUAAUUGUAGCGUGUAGCGUAGUGUGUUCACAGUUAUAACUUGAACUAUGCUCAACCAGAGCUGGGAGUAUUGAUUAUAAAUUUUAAAAUGCACUUCUUCAGUCUCAAAAAAUAUCUCAACUUUUUUUAUAAAUAAUUCACAACUAAAGAUUUAAUAAACAUUUAAAUGCCAACUAAAAUUUUACAACAGUUAAAGAUCCCAAAUAUCAUUUUAG